AUGUCGCCCAGUCACCCCUUUGACCCUUUAACUCCAAGAGAGAUUGCAAAGGCUGCAGAUAUUGUACGAAAUGGAUUCCCAGGAGUAACUCCCAGCUUCCGAGUGGUUACUUUGAAGGAGCCUGCUAAGGUGGAGAUGGUUCCAUUUUUGAAAAACAAAACAAACAAUACCUAUAAGAGACCUGAAAGAAUUGCUCGUGUUCAAGUAUCUAUUCUCGUGGACGAAGAGAAUAAGUUCGUUGAGCUCUGGGUCAAUCUCGACCACUCCGUUAUCCUCAAGAACGAGCAUCUUGUCGGAAAGCAUCCUUAUAUUGACUCUGAUUAUAUGCAAGCCGUUGAGAACGCGUGUCUUGCAGACAAAGGGGUUCAAGAGCAAAUCGGUCACCUUCAACUACCGGACAGCGCUAGGGUUAUUGUCGAGGCAUGGGCGUACGCGACAGAUGGUACGAAAGACAUGUCACAGAGGACCAGCAUGUGCUGGUUUUAUAUGCGCUUAGUAGAUGACAUUGACGCCAACUACUACGCCUACCCACUGGAUGUAUGCGCAGAAGUGUCAGAGGAAUUGAAAGUCACCAAAAUCUACCAAUUGCCUUCCAGUCCCGAAGAGCGCAUUCAUAAAGAGCCAAAGCCAUUUGACCGCCGCAAGAUUCACGGAGCAGAGGUUGAAUACAGCCCUGGAUUGAGGCCUUCGCUUCGGACAACCACUAAGCCGUAUCAAGUCUUGCAGCCUGAAGGUCCUUCGUUCAAGACAAAGGGAAAUCAUUUACAAUGGGAGAAAUGGUCCAUGCAUAUCGGGUUUAACUAUCGGGAAGGCAUCACUCUCCAUGAUAUUCGCUACGAAGACCGCAGUCUCUUUUACCGGAUUUCCCUUGCAGAAAUGUUUGUACCAUAUGGGGACCCUCGUACCCCAUACCCUCGCAAAGCAGCAUUUGAUCUGGGUAAUGAUGGAGCUGGUAUCAAUGCAAAUAAUUUACGUCUGGGUUGCGACUGUUUGGGCCAUAUUAAGUAUUUUUAUGGCUGGCACACUACUACUUCAGGAGUCCCACUAAAGCUCCCUAACGUGAUAUGCUGUCAUGAACAAGAUGACGGGAUAUUGUGGAAGCACACGAAUUUCCGGACCAAAAAUGCUGUUGUGACGCGCUCGCGGAUCCUCGUUUUGCAGACCAUCAUUACUGUCAGUAACUACGAGUAUAUUUUCGCUUUUCAUUUCGGCCAAGAUGCAUCAAUUCAUUAUGAAGUUCGUGCUACUGGCAUCCUUUCGACUUGCCCAAUUAAUAUUGGUGACAAUGUACCCUAUGGUACCAUCGUCGCUCCAGGUGUUCUGGCUCCUUACCACCAGCACUUGUUCUCUCUUCGCAUGGACCCUGCAAUCGAUGGCUACGAAAAUUCCUUGCAAAUCGAAGAAUCGCACGCCAUACCUGUUGAUGCACCUGACUUUGAUCAAACUGGCAAAUCGUAUGCUCAGAUAAACUCUUACGAAAACCCUUUUGGUGUCGGAUACGUGACGCGCUCUUCCGUUGUUGAGAAUGAGGGAGGAUUAGAUCUGGACUUCACAACUAACCGCACAUUCAAAAUUAUCAACGAAAGCGUCAUCAAUCCAGUGACUGGAACCCCCGUUGGCUUCAAGUUGCUGCCCGCGUACAGCCAAAUGCUGCUGGCACACCCGGACUCAUACCAUGCCAAGCGCUCCGAGUUUGGAAAACACGCAGUUUGGGUUACCCGUUACAAUGAUGAAGAGAACUUUCCAUCUGGUAACCAUACCAUGCAGUCAACCGGCGGUGAUGGAAUUGCUACUGCUAUUCAAAGACGUGCUGGGACGGGGGAAUCCUUGGUUCGAAAUAAGGAUAUUGUUAUUUGGCACACUUUUGGCUCGACCCAUAACCCUAGAAUCGAAGAUUGGCCUGUCAUGCCGUCGGAAAAGAUGGUUGUUGGUCUUAAGCCCGUUAAUUUCUUCACCGGCAAUCCAGGUCUCGACGUUGCGGCUUCCACCCAGGAGAGAAACAGGAGUGUGUUAGUCGAUGGAGGAAACGAUGUCAGCUUGAAAUCGGAUUGUUGUAAACUGUGA